AUGCUAUCGAGGGUGAUCCAGAGAAGGUUCAAUUCGAGCCAGACAGCCUCCAACUUAAAAAAGACAGCUCUUUAUGACCUUCAUGUUGCAUUAGGUGGUACUAUGGUGCCAUUUGCUGGCUACUCUAUGCCCGUGUUAUAUCAGGGACAGACACAUAUUGAGUCUCAUAAUUGGACUAGAACAAAUGCUGGAUUAUUCGAUGUCUCUCAUAUGUUGCAGAGUAGAUUGACUGGUGCAGGGGCAACAGAAUUUUUGCACAAGGUUACUCCAACCGAUUUCCAGGCACUAGAACAGGGAAAUGGCACUUUAUCUGUUUUGCUAAACGAACAUGGUGGUAUUGUGGAUGAUACUCUAAUAACAAAGCAGAGAGAAAACGAUUUUUAUGUGGUCACCAAUGCCGGUUGUAUCGAAAGAGAUUCAGAGUUCAUUCGCAGUGAGAUUAAAAAUUUUACUGGAGAUUGUCAAUGGGAUGUGGUUCAGGGUCGUUCUCUGUUGGCGUUACAGGGUCCAAAGGCCCACGAAGUGUUUGAGCCUUUGCUGCGCGAAGGUCAGACUGUCAAAGACUUGUUCUUUGGUCAAAGACGUUCAUAUGAGUUGUUCAAUGGUAUUCCUGUGGAUGUGGCCAGAUCUGGGUACACCGGUGAGGACGGGUUCGAGAUCAGUUUACCCAACGACAAAGCUGUCGAAUUUGCUCAACUGCUACUCGACAAUCAGCAUACAAAGCCCAUUGGACUUGCCGCAAGAGACAGUUUGAGACUGGAGGCAGGUAUGUGUCUCUACGGUCAUGAGCUAAAUGAGGAUACUACCCCUGUAGAGGCUGCAUUGAGAUGGGUUAUCUCCAAGAGCAGAAGAGCCGGUGAAGGAACCAAAUUCAAUGGCUACGAAAAGAUCAUGGACCAGAUCAAUUCCAAUUCUUACUCAGAUGUAAGGAUUGGAUUUAAAUACCUAAAGAAAGGACCAGCCGCAAGAACUGAUGCCAAGAUCUUUUUGCCCGACAACAAGACCCAAGUCGGUGUGGUCACUUCGGGAAGCGCCUCUCCAUCUCUAGGCAACAUCAAUAUUGGGCAAGGCUACGUCUCAAAGGCAAACCGCAAGACUGGUACUCAAUUAUCCGUCCAGGUGAGAAACAAGUUUUUCCCCAUCGAAUUGGCCAAGUUGCCGCUCGUGCCAACUCAUUAUUAUAAACCUUGA